CACGACACCAUUCGUCGGGUUCUUUAAUUCCGAGUCCACCGCUAUGUCGAACGAUUCUUGCCAAGCGAAAAUCGCAGCCAUGGCCGAUUCUCCCCCGAUUGAUUUUCUGCCAGACGAUCUCCUCGUUCGCGUUUUACGCUGCGUCACCCGCUUCCACGACACUCCUGACAAAUCGUUCGAUGACCGGAAAAAUGAGAUUCUGUUCCCUCCUCCUUGCUCCUCUCACUGCGAGCCCUCGGAACACCCUCGGUCCAAUCCACUAGUGUUGCGAUUUAGGCUCGACCCCCGGCCGUUCGACCACGCGCUGGUGUCCCGCCGUUGGCACCGCCUCGCGUGCCUAGCCAUGCCUUCGGUCCACGUGCGGCCGGCCUGUGCGUUGUUUCCUCGCAGACUAGAGCUCUCCCUCUCGCGCUUCCCCAAACUUAGGAGACUUCACUUGGAUAUCUACCACCAGUUCUGCUUAGAUCACGGGUUCUAUCAUUCCCUUGCCGACUCUUGCCCGCGACUGGUCUAUUUUGGCAUAGAGCAUAUCGAGCGGGUUUGUGGCGGUUUCGUCGAUGGAGAACCAGAAAUAGACUUUUGGAACUCGGAAGCUGAAGGCUCUAAUAGUUCGGUCGUAGACGCUGCUGGGAUGAUUGUUAGAAAAAGGAGGGGACGAAAGGAGGGGACGAAGAGAGGGCCUGUCGUAUUUCUUCCGCAAAUGCACCCGGCUUCAGGAAGUGCGGAUAAAUUAUUUAUCCUACCUGAAAUUCCUUCCAAGAUCGCUCUUGGCUCUCCGUAAUCUGCGCGUGCUACACUUCAACGCGGACAGACUGCGAGAGCUUGAGCUCGUGGAUAACGACGGCGUCCUGGAGCCAAUCACGACUUGCCAGCUGCCAUCCUUCGAGGACCUUCACCUGCAUGCUGCCAUCUCCGUUUUGCCAGAAUCGUUCCUCUCCUUGCUGCCUGGGCUGAAAAGGCUCAGUCUGCAUCAAGCCGAUGACCUACUCUCACUCCCUCCCGCCCUCCCUUCCCUCCUCCCCUCGCUCUCCUUCCUCCGCAUCUCCCGCUGCAGCCAGCUUACCACUAUCCCGGAUUCCAUCGGUCUCCUAACCUCCCUUACCGAGUGUGAGCUUGACGAAUGUUACGAUCUGCAGCCAUUUCCAUCGGGCUUCUACCUCCUGCCUCGUCUCAAGUGCCUCCUUAUCGACGCGUGCCCGCUCUUUCACUCCCUUCCUACCGAACUCGGCAGACUGACGUCCCUCCGUCGCUUAAUAGUCAGAAACUCCUGUAACUUUCGCGCGCUCCCUGACUCUUUCGCCAACCUGUCCAACCUCGAGUGCCUGGAGAUUACAGCCUGUGCAGACAUUCAAGCCUUUCCUCCUAUAAACCGCUCCCACCUCACCGCCUUAACACACCUCCACCUUUCUGCCAUUCCAGAGCAUGCCAACCUGCCCGAGUUCCUCUCACAGCUGCCCGGGCUGAAAGUUUUGCAUCUCCAUCAUUGCACUGGCAUGCAACUGCUUCCAGAUCCGAUCACCUCCCUCUCCUCUCUCCACUCCCUCCACCUUGCCUCUCUCCGCCUAACCUUUCUCCCACAGGAUAUCAGCCUGCUCUCGCUCCUCCAAGCCUUGGAGAUCUCCAGCUGCAACCACCUCUCGUCACUCCCGGCCGAGCUCCCCCCCUCUCUCACUCGCCUCGCCAUCUCCGAGUGUUCCCUUCUCUCCUUCAUCCCUCCCUCUGCCUCCUCGCUCACCUCCCUCCGCUCCCUUUCUCUCUGUCGCUGCUCUGGUCUGGAGCAGGUACCACCUUCCCUUACGAAUCUCCCUUCUCUUACGAGUGUAGAACUGGAGGGCUGCCCAGCUUUCCGAGGCUAGAUUGGGCUUGAUUUUGCAGGGUGUUUUUGAGAAUUCUCAAAAAACACCCUGCAAAAUCAGGUGCCACCUUCCGAGGUUAAAGUGGGCUUGCGGGCUAUUGGCGGCUGCAUCUGGAAACCUUUAGAUAGGUGGCUGGAGGGCGUGGAAGGGGUGAGAGAGAGGAGGGGGCAAUGGAGAGAGGAGGGACAGACGGAGGGAACGGCGAGCAGGACUAUCUGCGGCUGCAUUUGAAAACCUUUAGAUUGGUGGCUGGAGGGUGGAGGCGAGCAAGUGGAGGUAGCGAGGGAGGGAUGGAGGAAGGGAAGGCGCAGGACCGGACAGGAAGGAGGGACAGGCGGAGUGAAUGGCAGGACAGAGGGAGUGAAUGGCCUUCCAUAGUUGUCAGCGUGAGGGAGAGGUUUGGGUGGGAGGAUGACGGAGGGAGUUGGGAGGAGGAUGGGGGUUGGGGCUGGUGGGGAGGAUGGAGGGAUUCUGGGUAACCGAAGGGGGGCAACCUGCCGAAUUUCUUCCCUCUCAGCUGCCCGGGCUAAAAGAUCUUCCAUCUCCAUCUCUCCUCUGAAAUGCAGUCGUUCUCUCACCUCUCUGGCUCCAUCACCUCUCUGGCUCCAUCACCUCUCUGGCUCCAUCACCUCUCUGGCUCCAUCACCUCUCUGGAUCCAUCACCUCUCUGGCUCCAUCACCUCUCUGGCCUCUCCCCACUCCCUCCACCUCACUUCUCUCCUCAUCUUUUCGCUCCCUCCGUAUCUCAGCCUUCUCUAAACACCUUCAAGCCUUAGAAAUUUCCUACCGCCUCAUCCUUUCCUCACUCCCUUCCCUUCUCCCUCCCUCCCUCACUCUCCUCUCCCCCUCUCAUGUUCCAGCCUCUCCUCCCUCCCUACAUCUAUCUCCUCCCUUACCUCCCUCCGUCCCCUCUCCGUCUAUCACUGCAUACACCUGCACCAGCUGCCACCUUCUCUCGCGUCGCUCUCCAGUCGCACGAGCUUAACUGUGAACGGAUGCUGUGCUCACAGGAGCAUCUAGCAGGGCUGAGGGAACUACCACUGAUGCAGCAGCUGAAUCUGGAAGGAUGCGUGGAGCUGGAGGGAUGAGGAAGGAGGGAAAGGGGGGAAGGAGAAUUGGAGAGGCAGGGAUAGGGAUCGAGGAGGAGUUGGACUGGUGCAUGGGGAGGGAACAGGGGUAAGACUUCUGAUAGGGGGGAGUGGCUUCAGGAGCGUUCUAGCGGGACUGAAGCAACUGCCACUCCUGCAGCAGCUGAAUCUGGAAGGAUAUAAGGAGCUGGAGGAAUGAGGAGGGAGGGAGAGGGGAAGAAGUAGAAAGGGAGAGAGGAGAGCGGGCGAUGCAUGGGGAGGAGGCAGGGGUAAGGCUUUUGAUGGGGGGUUACGCCCUCGGGAGCAUCCACGCAGGACUUGGGGAAGUGCCGCAGCGUCAACAGCGGUGUCUUGAAGAUUGUGAGGAGCUGGAGGGAUGAGGAGGGAUGAGGAGGGAUGAGGAGGGAUGAGGAGGGAUGAGGAGAGAUGAGGAGAGAUGAGGAGAGAUGAGGAGAGACGAUGAGAGAUGAGGAAGGCAUGAGGAAGGACGGAGAUGGAAGGAGGGAAAAGACUCUCAGAAUAACGCAAUGACUAGAAUGAGGCAUAUAUGUAUCACAAUCAGAAAAGUGUUAUUGAUAGAGUGAGAGUACACACAGAUAUACCUAAGUCUUGUACCCUCUAAGAG